AUGACAUGGUCCUCUGAUGCGGCGACUCACCCCGUCGAGGCGGAGUUUAUCAUCGAAGAAAAAGCAACCGGUGUGCGGCUAGGAUCUGUGUGGAACCAGUUGCCGUGGGAGCUGAAGCUCAGGUUGAUUACGCAGAUCGUCGAUAUAGAGAGGCAGCUCGCCAGCAUGACCUUUCCUUUCCAUGGGUGCGUCUACUUCAAGGGGGAUCUUCGCUCGUGGACAGGGACGCCGGAGAUGGAUACUCCUGCCUCCCUUCAUCGCUUCGCCAUAGGACCACUUACGUCGACGGACCUGUGGACUGGUUCCAGACCGGAUAUGGAGUUGGACCGUGGGCCCUGGCGGACUCCGUGUGCGUACACAUGGGCCCUGGGUCACAACGAAAAGAACUGGAUCCAAACAUGCGCAACCCCCCGAAUAAACCACUACAGAUCCAGCCAUGACCACGAGCGUCCAACCGACGCACUCCACCUCCUCGAUCAAUACCUCGCCGUGGCACCAUAUCUCAUCCCCGCGCAGACCGACGAAGCAGCCGCCUCCAACGUCCUCUGGCACCCCGAUCUCCACCGCGACAACGUCUUCGUCGACCCGCUCACCGGCCAAAUCACCAGCAUCAUCGACUGGCAGGCCGCGCGCGUCGCCCCGCUCUUCUACCAGUCCGACGUCCCGCGGAUGUUCGGACACACUGGACCCGUGCGCGAGGGCUGGGCUAUUCCCGAGCGGCCUGACACUUUUGACAGCCUGUCCGCGGAGGAGAAGGAGAAGAUCGACGCUGAUCUCGAAAGUGAAACAAUCCACAAGUACUACCAGGCUCGGGUGUGCAAGCGGACUCCUCGUCACUGGGCCGUGCUCCAACAACCCUUGAUCCCUCUAAUCCGCAGGCCGGUAGAGCUGGUGAGCGGGGCGUGGGAACACCGGCGCCUGUUCUUUCUCCGGCAGUCGCUGAUGUGGGUUGCGAGGAGCUGGGGUGAGAUUGUUCCUGGGGACGUGUCGUGUCCGAUUGCGUUUACGGCGGAGGAGCUCGAGCUGCAUUCCCGGGAGGAGGAGAACAUCGAUGGCCUUAGGCGUAUGCUGGAGCUGUUUCGGGAUCAGGGGGUUCUGCCUGUUGAUGGGAUGGUCGAGCCGCAGGACUAUGCGGUUGCGAGCGAGAAUAAUCGUAAGUUUAGGGAGGUGUUUGUCGAGUCGGCUGGCGACGAGGCGGAGAGGAGGCUGUUUGAGAAUCUGUGGCCGUAUCAGGAGCAGAGAGAUUAG